UCUGGAUAUUAGUGUAGGGGUUCCUCCUCACUCUGCUGACUUAGUUGCUUGUGUUCUCACGGCGAGGAUUUACCUUCUCAUGAAAGACCGUGGUGUCUUCUCACUCGAUGUGCUCUGUAGGCUGGGCUGGCUCACAGCUGGCAAGGCUGUCACCAGAGCAUAGUGACGCAUGUGCAGUGGUGCCUUGUCACAGGGCUGUGUUUGCAUAGGGCUUAGCAAGGCUUCUGGAACCGCCCCCCUGGUGCACCUUGGGCUAUAUUAGUGCUUCUCAAACAGGAAGAAUUUUCUUUCGCUCGCGUAGCUGGUCCAGUUACCAUCGGGAAGAUUGGAUAAUCAAGAAAUGACUAAUCAAGAGUCUGCUGUACAUGUGAAAAUGAUGCCAGAAUUCCAGAAAAGUUCAGUUCGCAUCAAGAACCCCACAAGAGUAGAAGAAAUUAUCUGUGGUCUUAUCAAAGGAGGAGCUGCCAGGCUUCAGAUAAUAACAGAUUUUGAUAUGACACUAAGUAGAUUUUCCUACAAAGGGAAAAGAUGCCCCACAUGUCAUAAUGUCAUUGAUAACUGUAAGCUGGUAACGGAUGAAUGUCGCAAAAAGCUACUGCAACUGAAGGAACAGUAUUAUGCUAUUGAAGUGGACCCUGUGCUUACCGUGGAGGAGAAGUUCCCUUAUAUGGUAGAAUGGUAUACAAAGUCGCAUGGUUUGCUUGUUGAACAGCGCAUACCAAAAGCUAAACUCAAGGAAAUUGUGGCAGAAUCUGAUGUUAUGCUCAAGGAAGGGUAUGAGAAUUUCUUUGAUAAACUCCAACAGUACAGUAUCCCUGUGUUUAUAUUUUCUGCGGGUAUCGGUGAUGUUCUAGAAGAAGUUAUUCGUCAAGCUGGAGUUUAUCAUCCAAAUGUCAAAGUCGUGUCCAACUUCAUGGAUUUUGAUGAAAAUGGGGUGCUCAUAGGGUUUAAAGGAGAACUAAUCCAUGUAUUCAACAAACACGAUGGUGCCUUGAAGAAUACAGACUAUUUCAGUCAGCUAAAAGACAACAGCAACAUAAUUCUGCUGGGAGAUUCCCAAGGAGACUUGCGAAUGGCAGAUGGGGUGGCCAACGUCGAGCAUAUUCUGAAAAUUGGAUAUCUAAACGAUAGGGUAGAUGAGCUAUUAGAAAAGUACAUGGACACUUACGAUAUUGUCUUAGUAAAAGAUGAAUCACUGGAGGUGGCCAACUCCAUUCUACAGAAGAUUCUGUAGCAGGUGUUUGUAAAAGGGCCUCGCUCCUGGACUGCUCGACUCCCUCUCACCAGAAGACUUAUUUAUAAUGAAUUCUUGGUGGUGAAGCUCUCCCUCUGCGCAGCUAAAGUGUUCAGUCAGACCCGGUGCAUCCUUCAACUGGAAACUCUUCUCCCACUUCUCUCAACACACUCCUUGCCAUGUUUUUUAACCAACUUGAAAAAAAAAAAUUUUACAGCCAGAAUUAGAAAAGUAACUCCCUACUUUUCCAAGGUAAAUUUUGUAGUUUCAUGGUAUCAUGCAUUUUUUGAGGAGUUUUUUUUUUUUAAUAACAGGAAAGUUCGUAGAAAUUUAAAGUGUUUUAUGAAAUGGUGAAAUAAUGUGCAUGAUUUUAAGUAUUGCCGUGUUUGUCAUUUGGGUGGAUUAUGCCAGUGUUACGUCCAUCUCCCAAAAUUAUAUUAUAUUUGGUUACUCUGUCUGAGCAAAAUCAAUACUCACCAGAAGACUGGCAAAAACUGUUGGUGUCCACAUGUCAUUCACUAAUCUAUAACAUGUUCUGUCAAAGCACUGAUAAUAAACAUGAAAUGAAAGUCUUUUUAA